UCGCCGCCGUCGACACGUCCACAUCUCCGACCGCUGCCGCCGCCACCGCGUCGCCAUGGUUUCCUGGAGUGAGGACUCUGGCAGCAGUGAAGGUUCACAUGGCAGGUAUUACCAGUACGCCACCUCAGGUUCAGACGACGGCAUCGUGCAGAUCCCUGCUACCACGGAUGACUCCGAAUUCGAGGGCAAAGAUUAUGUUUUGUGCCAUGAACACCGGAAGCGAGCAGAAAGACUUGUUGCUUUCGAGGGCAUCCAUACUGGCAGGAGGUUCCUUGCCUGUGCUGUGAAGGUAUGUGUCAAAUUUCUGCUAAUUAGCUGUUGUGGUCUAAUCAUUUGGUCAUUGUUUAGUACCUAUUUUGGUAUUUAGCAGAUCUGGCUUGUUAGUUAGGCUGCUUAAAUAUGUGCCCAAUACUUAUUGGCUCAGUGAAGUCAUUGUAUUUAUGUGAGCAUCUGUGCAGAGUGUUGUGGCAUGUUCAUUUGUUUAU